AAUAUUCUAAAAAGAAAAAACUACAAGAAAAAUGAGUUUGUAUCAACCUUAUAUUCCAAGCACAGUUGAUGUAAAUGUUUUCAAAGCAUAUUGUGAAGAAUCUAACUUACCAGAAAAUUAUUCAAAUCGAAUAAAUGCAUUAAAUUUGGAUUGGAAUAUUGAGCAACCUAAAACAUUAAGACAUUUAGCUCUAGAUGAGAUCAUUAAAAAUUGGGAAAAUGAUCCUAAAUACUUUAGACUUACAGAACCAGAGGAUAUAAUUUAUUUUGUCGAAAAUUUAAAUAUUAACUUACCAUUGAAAAUUCUUACAGUAUAUGUUCAUGAUGAUAUUUUUUGGAAAAGAUGUUUCCUUCAUAAAUGGCGAAAUGUUUAUCCAUAUUUAAAUGAAAAACGACCAUGGAUAUCAUUGUACUGUGAAAAAUAUCUGGCAGAAUACCUACAAAAAUUAGAUCCAUGUGAUUAUGAUCAAGAAUCGAUUUCGAAUUUAUUAGAAGUUCUUGGACCCUAUAUAUAUAAAUUAGAUAUAGAUUAUUUGCAACCAACAUUAGCAGAACGAUCAGACCAUAUUCCGUUUGAUUUUAUUUUAUCAAACUUGCCUGAGUUAAGAUAUUUUCGAAUAACUUUUGAUACGAAAACUAUUGGUAUUCAUUAUAAUUUAGGAUGCUGCACACCCUCAAGAAGAGAUGCAUUGCAUUUUUGUCGUGGAAUACAAAAAUGUUAUGAACUGGAAUACUUCAACUUGCAUAGCACGAAUAUGGAUCCAACGCAAUUACAGAAUUUAGGCAAAAGUUUGGAUAAAGCUGCAUCAAUUAAUUUAAAAACAUUAGCUUUCCCAAAUUCAGAAAUAGGAGAUGAAGGACUUAGAGGAUUUUAUUGUGCUUUAAGUAAAGAAUCGUUUCCUAACUUAGUUACUCUGGAUUUAACGAAUAAUUUUCUUGGUCAAGAAUCAGCUUUAAUAUUGAGUCGCACAUUGCAAAAUAGAAAAAUAAAAAGAUUGAUUUUAAGAUUAAAUCCAAUUGAAAGCGAUGGUGCUGCUGCGAUAUUUGCAAUUAUAAAAUGUCUCCCGUUAGAGCUCUUAGACGUAAGUGGUUGUUCCAUCACAAGUUCUAUACAACGUGUUCUGCUUAAAUUAAUUUAUGAAACAAAAACCUUAAGACAACUUGACCUUUCGAACAAUGAACUUGGUCCAGAAAUUGGCAGUACUUUGUAUAGAACAAUUGGUUUCAAUAAAAGUUUAAGACAAAUAGACUUAAGAAAUACUGGCAUAUAUAAUGAACACAAAAAUUAUAUAAAUGAUGUUUUGUUCCCAAAUCGAGAAAGGUUUUAG